AUGUCUUUAGACAGAUUGACCGCGUAUCGUUUCGCUUCAACAGUGGCGGAUACAGGAGUUGGAGUGCCAGUGGCUGCGGCCGGUGACCCGCUGUCGCCGCCGAGUCACCCGCUCGGAACAAGCGGCCUGACUGCGAUUGCAAUUUACGAUUAUCAGAAGCAGGAUGACGACGAGAUCAGCUUCGAACCGGACGAUAUCAUCACGAAUAUUGAUCAGGUUGGUUUAGAUCACGCCUGA